AUGAACCACAACGAACCCAACAAGCAGCCUAAAUCCCAGAAAUGGGACGGCUCCGAAAUCUCCAAGCACUCCACCGACAGCGACUGCUGGGUAAUAAUCCACGGCCGCGCCUACGAUGUCACGGAAUUCAAAGCCGACCACCCUGGGGGCUCUGCCAUAAUUAUGAAAUUUGCGGGCAAAGACGCAACCGAAACCUACGAACCCAUUCAUCCCCCCGACACCCUCGACAAGUUCCUCUCCAAGGACAAACACCUGGGCGAAGUGGACAUGUCGAGUGUAGAGAAAGAGCAAGAGCCUGAAGACCCAGAUGAGGAGGACAGACAGGAGAGGAUCAGAAGAAUGCCAAUCCUGGAAUCUUGUUAUAAUCUCAUGGACUUUGAGGCCGUCGCAAGACGUACCAUGAAGAAGACAGCGUGGGCGUACUACAGUAGUGGGGCUGACGACGAGAUCACCAUGCGUGAGAACCAUAGCGCCUAUCACAAGAUCUGGUUCCGACCUCGAAUACUGCAGAAUGUGGAGAACAUUGAUUUCUCAACCACGAUGCUCGGAACAAAGUGUUCGAUACCGUUUUACGUCACCGCGACGGCACUGGGGAAGCUAGGAAACCCAGAGGGCGAAGUCGUAUUGACGAGAGGGGCGCACAAGCAUAACGUGGUUCAGAUGAUUCCCACGCUAGCGUCGUGCUCAUUCGAUGAGAUCUGUGAUGCGGCAAAGGAUGCGCAGCCGCAAUGGAUGCAGCUAUAUGUGAACAAAGAUCGGAAGAUCACAGAGAACAUUGUACGGCAUGCCGAGAAGAGAGGGAUAAAGGGGCUGUUCAUUACAGUUGAUGCGCCACAACUGGGCAGGAGGGAGAAGGAUAUGAGGAGCAAAUUCCAGGAUGUGGGAAGUAAUGUGCAGUCCACGUCGGGUGAUAACACGGAUAGGAGUCAAGGUGCUGCGAGAGCGAUCAGUUCGUUUAUCGAUCCGGGCUUGAAUUGGGAUGACUUACCAUGGUUCAAAUCGAUCACGAAGAUGCCAAUCAUACUCAAAGGCGUACAAAGGGUGGAGGAUGUCAUCCGCGCCAUUGAGGCGGGGGUAGAUGGAGUGGUUCUCUCCAAUCACGGAGGCCGACAGCUGGACUUCGCUCGCAGCGGGAUCGAGGUCCUCGCGGAGGUCAUGCCUGUGUUGCGAGAACGCAAUUGGGAAGACAGGAUCGAGAUUUACGUUGAUGGCGGCGUGAGACGAGCGACGGACAUCAUCAAGGCGUUGUGUCUUGGUGCAAAAGGUGUGGGUAUCGGACGGCCGUUCCUGUAUGCAAUGAGUGCAUAUGGUUUGCCCGGUGUUGACAGAGCAAUGCAGCUUCUCAAGGAUGAGAUGGAGAUGAACAUGCGGCUGAUUGGGUGCUCGAGUAUUGAUCAACUGAAUCCAACGCUUGUGGACACGAGAGCCUUGAGUAUGCAUACAACGCAGGUCCCUUCAGAUACGCUGGGCCUGAAUGUGUACGAUCCGUUGGUCAAUCCAGGUGAGAAGGCCAAGUUAUGA